GACAUUUGUUCAAUUGAUUUAUUUUUGAGCUGAGCCAAGGAUGGCGAACAACCAUAUGUUACGAAAUGUUAUUUUUCUAGUUUUUGUGCUUUUUAGCAAAGUGAUAUGGGGCACCGACUUAAAAAAAUUCCCCCUUCUAAUGCCGGAUAUAAAUCCUUACAAAGAUGAAUUUUAUGUAUGCACUCCAAUAAAAAUAGUCUCCGACAAGAAUUUUUACAUAGUUGGAUUUGAACCAAAUGCUACCAUGAACGUAGUGCAUCAUAUGCUACUUUUUGGGUGUACAACUCCAGGCUCGGAUAGUUCAUAUUGGGACUGUGGAGAAAUGGCUGAAUCAGAAUCUGAUGGAAAAUUACAAAAGGCUACCCCAUGUAAUUCUGGCAACCAUGUGAUAUAUGCAUGGGCCAGAAAUGCAAAGCCCUUGAAGUUACCAAAAGAUGUAGGAUUUCUGGUUGGAAAGGAUUCACCAAUAAAAUACUUGGUUUUGCAGAUACACUACUCUAAAAAAUUCCCUGACAGCAGAACAGAUAAUUCUGGACUCUUUUUGUUAUACACACAACGGCCACAAAGUAAAUUGGCUGCAGUGCUUCUGUUAGCUGCUGGGGGACGAAUACCACCAAAGGCUGUUACCUUUAUGGAUGUGGAAUGCAAAAUUAAUGAAAAUAAAGUUAUCUACCCCAUUGCCUACAGGACUCAUACGCAUAGCCUUGGCCGUGUUGUUUCUGGCUACCGAGUAACAAGGGAUGAAAUGGAUGUUGAUCAUUGGCAUUUGCUAGGGAAGAGAGAUCCAUUAACUCCACAAAUGUUCUACCCUGUUUUUGAUCGAACACCUAUUCGUCAAGGGGACAAAGUAGCGGCAAGGUGUACCAUGGAUAGUUCAUCUAGGAAUAGGUUUACAGAAGUUGGACCCACCAAUAAUGAUGAAAUGUGCAAUUUCUAUUUAUUGGUUUAUGUUGAGUAUGGUACACCUUUAGAAAUGACGAGUUGUUAUGAUAUGGGCCCUCCUAAUACUUCAUGGGAAACAGACCAGCUCAACAAUAUUCCAGAGGCCGAAGCAUCAUCACCAUUUAAGUAACAUGACCAAUUAUAUAUGCUAUUCUACUAUUUUAAAGUCUUAGAAUCUCUGUAUUAUGAAAUUCCAAUUUACAGUUUUAAUUUUAACAGGUCUUAUAUACAAUCAAUUUUUUUUAAUUAUAAUAUUAAGACUUGUAUGUGUAACUGCAGCAUUUAUAUACCUCAAAUAGGUUAAAAUGUUCAGUUAAAUACACGUCAUAUACAUUUAAUCAUCACAAAUUAUUUCUUUAUUUAGUAGAUCUGAAUAGUGGUUUGAUCGAUCUGAACGUGCUAGUCUUUUUACAUUCCAGUAUAUUUAAUUAUAAUUUAGCUCUACUGUACCUUAACUUCAGGGACUUGUUUCUAUCAUAUCAAACGAAAUAAUAAACUAAGAGAUGUUAGUUCACGGGUUUCAAUUUAAUAUAAUAGCCUUAUUGGUGUUUUUCUAAAAAAACUUGAAUGAAAGAAUGAUUAUAACUUACUAAAUAGUAGUGGACGCUGAGAACUCAAAUAAAGCUAAUAUAAACUAUCAAACUAUAAUCUGAUACUAAAAAAAAAAUAUAUAUAUAUACGUAUAUUUUUAUUUGAAUAAUAGGAGACAUUAUAGAUUACAUUGAAAUUAUUUUUUGGUAUAGAGAGUUUAGAAUAUUUAGCUAAUAUGUAUAUAUAAUCUCAGUGACGUAGUCAAGAGGUAGAAAAAGGUCUUUUGUAGUCAUAAAAAAGCCCAACUUCAUCCUAAUGAUAAUAAUAAUAAGUUAAAAAUCGCUAAUGAAAAAAUUUGACUUAAAUAUUCAGUUACCUAUAUUAUUUAAUGGUAAUACUGUUUUAAUUUUAUAUUCUCUGAUAGAUUGUAUUAGAAAAAUAAGGGUAAAAUAUAAAAACAGUAUUUUUUAUAAUUUUCGCUGUGUAUCUACUUUUUAGUGCUAUAAUUCCUGUGACUUUCUGUGUGAUAAUUAAAAUUAUCCUGGCUACAUUACUGUGUGAUAUAGAUGUAUACAUUCCAUAAAUUUUAAUUAUAUUAAAAUUGUAAUCAAUAUCAUAGACACUAUCAAUGUUAGAAGUUUUUUAAGUAUUUGUUUAAAUUAUCAAGAGAUUUAUUAAUAUAUUUAUAUAUCUAUAUAUUUUUGUUACAUUCCAUUUGUGUGAUUUUUUAGGAUAGAAUUAGUGAACUUAUAUUUUAUGUUUUACUGUUCUUCUAAUGACACUGAAUAAACUAUUAUAAGAAUCA